AAGUGAAAUCCGCUCUUUUUUAUUUGUUUGUGCGAACACUGGCGGCGGGAGGAUUUUCUUUUUCAACGCUGGCAAGAGAGAAGAACGGGGAUUUUGUCAGUUAAUGCCGAGUCUGUACGACUUGACGGGUCUGUGUCGGGGAAACCGUAGUGUAUUUAUGAAUUAGACACGCUGCAGAACAGCCGCUUCACCUGACAAGUCCCAUCAUCUUGCUCAGUGCUAACAAGCUAACCGAACUGCUUGGCAAACAAUAUUUUUAACUUCACCCUUAGGACACGUUUGACUCUCUACAUCACCAGCUAUUUCGUUGCAUUUGUUCCAACAGUGUCAUUUUACGUUUCCGUUUGUACGUGAAAAACAAACAUAUCGGUUAGCUGACUUCAGCAGAAUAGAAUGGCAAAGGUGCAGGUUCUCAACGUUGCUGUUCUGGAUAAUCCAAGUCCCUUCGGAAAUCCUUUCCAGUUUGAAAUAACAUUUGAAUGCAUGGAAGAUCUGCCUGAAGACCUGGAAUGGAAGAUCAUAUAUGUUGGUUCAGCUGAAAGCGAAGAAUACGACCAGACUCUUGACUCCGUGUUAGUUGGCCCUGUACCAGCUGGAAGGCACAUGUUUGUGUUUCAGGCAGAUGCUCCAAAUUGUGGACUUAUACCAGAGACCGAUGCAGUUGGUGUGACAGUGGCUCUGAUCACCUGUACGUACCGUGGACAAGAGUUCAUUCGUAUUGGAUACUACGUUAACAACGAAUACACAGAUCCUGAGCUCCGGGAAAACCCACCUGUCAAGCCAGACUACACACAGCUUCAGAGAAACAUCUUGGCUUCCAAUCCGCGUGUAACACGCUUCCACAUCAACUGGGAGGGAAGUGCAGAGAAGAUGGAGGAUUUGGAGAAUGUGGAUCCAGCCCCCAAUACCAUGCUGCCGCCGUCCUGUGCUAUGGGCAAAGCACCACCCCUUGGCAUGAUGCCAGACAACUCCAUGGACUGCAUGUAGAUGGACUUUUGAACCUGUUACAGGAACACAUUCACACCGCCUCUUUUUCGAGGAACUAAGGGAGUGGCUGGACGACAGAAACACUCAGUUGGCUUAACCUUAAAAGCCGCCCACACAUCUUCAGUGUGCUUAUUUUAUCCCCCUGGUAUGCACUUAACACCAGAUUCUGGUCAAGAGCGUGCCUUUCACUGAAGAGGUCAUCAAGAUCCUCAUUGCAAAGCACCAGAGAGCACUGUAGCAAGUUAUAGCAGUUAACAUAUGGAAAUGGGAUUAAGAAAAUCUGUAAUUUAAUUAUUAUUUAUAUUCUAUUAAGUCUCUACAAAAAAAAUGGGCAGGUGGCCUGCUUGGCUACAAAUGAUGUGAUAAUGUGCCUUCACUGUUCUUCCCCAUUACCUGUCCAUUGUCGGCAACACUUCUAAUCUUCUUUUGAGGAGAAAAUGAUGUUGACAGGAUUUUGUAUGGCUACUCAAGUGUAUUUUCCUGUAAAUCAUCUAAUACUCUUUGUUUUCUAUUUGUUUUCAAAAUAAAAUAUGUUUUGUUAUAUA